AUGAUGACAUCAGUGGGCACUAACCGAGCCCGGGGGAACUGGGAGCAGACACAGACACAGAGCCAGACACAGCACAAGCAGCGGCCGCAGGCCACUGCGGAACAGAUUCGACUUGCACAGAUGAUUUCGGACCACAACGAUGCUGACUUUGAGGAGAAGGUGAAACAACUGAUCGACAUCACAGGCAAGAACCAGGACGAGUGUGUGAUUGCUCUGCAUGACUGCAACGGGGAUGUUAACAGAGCCAUCAACGUGCUGCUGGAGGGCAAUCCGGACACGCAUUCCUGGGAAAUGGUCGGGAAGAAGAAGGGUGUCUCGGGACAGAAGGAGAGUGGACAGACAGAACCCAGUGAAGAAAGCAAAGAAAACCGGGAAAGGGAUCGGGAUUUCAGCAGACGACGUGGCGGGCCACCGAGGCGGGGGCGAGGUGCCAGCCGUGGAAGAGAGUUUCGGGGCCAGGAGAAUGGACUAGACGGUGGCAAGAGUGGAGGAUCUUCUGGAAGAGGCACAGAAAGAGGGAGGCGGGGACGCGGCCGAGGCCGAGGUGGCUCUGGAAGGCGAGGGGGAAGGUUUUCUGCCCAAGGCAUGGGAACUUUCAACCCGGCUGACUACGCCGAGCCGGCUGGCGCGGAUGAGAACUAUGGGAAUAGCAACAACAACACGUGGAACAACACUGGCAGCUUCGAGCCGGACGAUGGCACAAGACUUGAUUUCAUUGGGGGUGAGGGGUCAAAUUAUCCCCGAAAAUUUGACACUGCUCCUGGUGCGUGGAGGGCGGCGACGGAAGAAUGGGGCACGGAGGACUGGAAUGAAGAUCUGUCUGAGACAAAGAUCUUCACAGCCUCCAACGUGUCUUCAGUGCCUCUGCCUGCCGAGAAUGUGACAAUCACAGCUGGACAGAGAAUUGAUCUUGCAGUGCUGCUAGGAAAGACCCCUUCUUCGAUGGAGAACGAGUCAACAAGCCUGGAGUCAUCCCAGGCUCCUUCCUUGGCCCAGCCGCUGGUGUUCAGCAAUUCCAAGCAGAGUGCUAUAUCCCAGCCCGCCUCUGGGAACUCCUUCUCUCACCACAGCAUGGUGAGCAUGCUGGGGAAAGGGUUUGGAGACGUCAGGGAGGCCAAAGGCAGCAGUACAACAGGUUCUCAGUUCCUGGAGCAGUUCAAGACGGCCCAGGCGCUGGCUCAGCUGGCUGCUCAGCACACCCAGCCUGGCGGGAGCACCACGGCUGCUUCCUGGGACAUGGGAUCCACCACGCAGACCUCGUCUCUCGUGCAGUACGAUCUCAAGAACCCAACAGACUCUUCCGUGCAUAGUCCCUUCACCAAGCGUCAGGCCUUCACAUCCACUUCAACCAUGAUCGAAGCGUUCAUGCAGGAGAAGCCGCCGGUGGUGACUGCCUCCACGACUGUGCCGGCACCUCCUUCCUCGCCGCUGCCCAGCAAAACCAAUCCUGUUCCCCAGAUGUCCCCAGGGUCCUCGGACAACCAGUCCUCCAGUCCCCAGCCAGCACAGCAGAAGCUGAAGCAGCAAAAGAAGAAAGCCUCGUUAACAUCAAAGAUCCCUGCGCUGGCGGUGGAAAUGCCUGGCUCGGCGGAUAUCUCAGGGCUAAACCUGCAGUUCGGGGCGUUACAGUUUGGGUCGGAGCCUGUUCUCGCCGAGUACGAAUCGACGCCCACCACAAGCGCCGCCGCCAGCCAGUCUCAAAGCAGCCUGUACACCAGCACGGCUAGUGAAUCUUCAUCCACAAUUUCGUCCAAUCAAAGCCAGGAGUCUGGUUACCAGAGCGGCACAAUACAGACAGCAACAUUUACCUCCCAGAACAGCGCUCAGGGACCACUGUACGAGCAGAGAUCCACCCAGACGAGGCGAUACCCCAAUUCAAUCUCCUCCUCGCCCCAGAAAGAUCUGACCCAGGCCAAGAAUGGUUUCAGUUCUGUACAACCCACGCCGUUACAAACCACGCAGGCCGUUGAAGGUGCUACAGGCCCCGCCGUCAAAUCCGAUUCCCCCUCUGCUCCCAGUAUCACGCCUCUCAAUGACGGGGUGUCUGCGUCGUCCUUGCUGACGACAGCCAGCCAACACUCGACAGCUCUGAGCAGCCUGAGCCACAGUGAGGAGCUCCCCAGUACGACCACCACCCAACUCAGCAGUACGUUACCCACCCAGCAGAACAGUCUGUCCUCAUCCACAUCCUCUGGGCGAACGUCAACUUCAACUCUUCUGCACACAAGUGUGGAGAGUGAAGCAAGCCUCCAUUCUUCUGCUAGCACUUUCUCCACCUCCUCCAGCACAGUGUCAGCCGCCCCGCCGGUCGUCAGCGUUUCGUCCAGCCUCAGCAGCGUCAGCAGCCUGGGCCUCAGCCUCGGCAGUAACUCCACAGUGACGGCCUCCACUCGCAGCUCCGUUGCAACGACAUCAGGAAAAGCCCCUCCCAAUCUCCCUCCUGGAGUCCCACCGUUGUUGCCUAAUCCGUACAUCAUGGCUCCAGGGUUGUUACACGCCUACCCGCCACAGGUGUAUGGAUACGAUGACUUGCAAAUGCUCCAGACGAGAUUCCCGUUGGUGAGGGUUGGUUCAACUCAAAAAGCUGGGUCGCCUUUGUGCCGGGCCGGGAUUUGACGCUCCUGUUCUUCAUCUUCUUUCAUCUCCCGUGUUCCAGGUGACUUAACAAAAUUUGGCCGAGGCGAUGCCUCUUCCCCCGCUCCUGCAACGACUUUGGCCCAGCCUCAGCAGAGCCAAACCCAGACUCACCACACCACGCAGCAGACGUUCCUGAACCCAGCGCUGCCUCCUGGCUACAGUUACACCAGUCUGCCGUACUACACAGGGGUACCAGGGCUCCCCAGCACCUUCCAGUAUGGGCCCGCUGUGUUCCCUGUUGCUCCUACCUCUUCCAAGCAGCAUGGUGUGAAUGUCAGCGUCAACGCAUCAGCAACCCCUUUCCAGCAGCCCAGUGGCUACGGCUCCCAUGGAUACAGCACUGGGGUAUCCGUGACAUCCAGUAACACAGGAGUGCCGGACAUCUCGGGCUCUGUCUACUCCAAAACUCAGCAAUCCUUUGAGAAGCAGGGAUUUCACACUGGAACCCCGGCAGCCUCCUUCAACCUGCCUUCGGCUCUGGGCAGCGGCGGCCCCAUCAACCCUGCGACGGCGGCGGCGUAUCCCCCCACCCCUUUCAUGCACAUCCUGACCCCCCAUCAGCAGCCCCACUCGCAGAUCCUCCACCACCACCUGCAGCAGGACGGGCAG